ACCGAUUGAUAGAGUUACUGCAUUCGCCCUGCCACAAUCUUACUCACGAGAUGCUUCUCGUUCUACCAAGGUUAAAAUUUCUCUUUAUAAACCAUCUGAUUCACUCGGACUCAUGGCAUCAAAUCCUGGGACCUUGGCUAUUGAAAAUCUCACCAAAAAUGGAAGUUUAUCUGAUUCUCUAGAGCUUACAGAAUCCAUUAAUGACACCUUUAUUAAUGCUUCUGCUUCUCUUUUGAGCUCCUCACACAGACCUUUCCCGCGAACUUUUAUUAAUGGAACAGCAACAUAUCUAAAUCAUUCCGUUUACACACACGGAGAAUUUUUAGACUAUGUCAGAUCAUCUAGCAUUGAAACGCUAUUCUCUAUUAACUCGUCAGCCUUGAAGUAUUUGAAUGAGACAUCGAGUGGAGUAACUUCACUUCUCCCCACAACUCCACCUACCCUUCAUAAUCGGUUUCAAAUGGAAAAAGCCGCGUUUUUUGUGCCUUUGGAUUUUCCCAAUGAGACUUCAGCAACACGUACUUCCGAAUUUACUUCGCUUUCGAGCAGAAGCCCUGUCGAACAGGCCUUAGAUACUACAAAUACCACAUCCGCCACGACUCUCCCUAAUCCGAAAUCCGCUUCGUCCACUUCGUCUGUCCCGGAAGCCUUCGUCCAGGCAGCUAUUAUUUUGAAUUCAUCUUCAGUUGACUCAAAUGAUUCUAGUAUGCUAUCUACUACAAAUAAUAUUUUUGCUACAGUAGCAACUUCUAUAUCGCCUUUAUAUCCUAAUAUGACAUUAAAACCUGUCAAUAAAUCUCUAGAUCUGGAAGCUUUUUCAUUUGAGCUGUCCAGAAUUGAAUCCACAUCUGCACCUAUUGGCCCAUACAUUAUUCAGCCUUCGGCAAUUUCUUCCAUUGAUCUUACUAAGACUACUGCCCCUCGAGCUUAUGCUGAACUUGGUAUAGAAAGCACUGGAGUUCCGCACUCUGGUAAGAGGUAUGCAAAUAGCCGCGAUACGGACAACAAUACCAGUUCACUUAGAAUCCCACUACCUUACCUAUCGCCGAACGACUCGUCGACAGACAACAGCAACCUAACCACGGCAUCUUUGGUCUCCUCUUUGUAUGCUUCGCUCCCAUACUCUCAUUCUAGUUCAGUUAUCCCCAGAAAUAUUAUCUCUUUAUCCAAGCCUCUUGCAGAUAUAGUAUCUACUAACAUCAGCUUAUCUCCAGAAGAACUUGGCCUUAAGCUUUUCUUCUUGGCUGGACCAUCAAACGUUAAUACUCCAUUUACUGAGCUACCUCCAAUUGAUGUGUUAAGUCCGGGCCUACCUAAACAUAAGAUUCAUUCUUCUAUUCAGAACAGACCAAACUUGACUAGUUUUAUCAACCGGUUUGAAGGUGUCGCUACUAAUCAUCUUAUUGAUGAAACAGCUGGGGUCUCUUCCUCUUCUACAUCGCAUAAUGGUGUUUUAGAGGGCUCCUAUUCAUCCUUUAAAUCGCCACAAUAUGAAAAUACCACCAUAUUUGUAUCUCGUUUCGGAGUAGAGUUGAUUCGUGAAUCACCUAGGACCAUCAUUUCAACAACAAAGCUAUCUUCCACCAACGAAUUUUCAAGCACUGGUUCCGGGGACUCGGAGACAUUCGUUAAAUCGCCAAAACACGACUCUACCACCGUACUUGUGCCUCAGUUUGGAGUGGAAAGGAUUAUUGAGUCACCUAGAUCGAACCUUUCAACAGCGGAGCUCUUUUCCAACGUCAUCUUUCAAAAUAUUGGAUCUGAGAGUUCUGAUUCAUUCCCCACAUCGCCCCAGUUCAAUAAUGCUACUACUUUUGCCCUCUCUUCUCCAAUUGAAAAUGUUCUUGAAUCACCUAGGCACAUCUUUUCAACAACAAAGCUGUAUUCCACCAACGUAUACCCAAAUAUUGGCUCAGAGAACUCGGAUACAUUCGUUACAUCGCCAAAAUUUGUCUCCACCACCGUACCUGUGCCCCAUUUUGAAGUGGAAAGGAUUAUUGAGUCACCCAUACCCAACAGUUCAACAACAGGGCUCUUCUCCACCGAUACUUCUCAAAAAAUUGGAUCUGGGAAUUCUCAUUCAUUCUCCACAUCGCCACAAUUCGAUAAUGCUACUACUUUUGCACCCUCUUCUCCAAUUGAAAAUGUUCUUGAAUCACCUAAGCAGAACUUUUCAACAACAAAGCUGUAUUCCACCGACGAAUUCCCAAAUAUUGGCUCAGAGGAUUCGGAUACAUUCGUUACAUCGCCAAAAUUUGACUCUACCACCGUACUUGUGCCCCAUUUUGGAAUGGAAAGUGUUAUUGAGCCAACCAUACCCAACAGUUCAACAACAGGGCUCUUAUCCACCAACACGUCUCAACACAUUGGAUCUGAGAGCUCUGAUUCAUCCUUCACAUCGUCACAGUUUGCUAAGACUACUAUUUUUGCGACCUUUUCUCCAAGUGAAGAUAUUUUUGAAUCAUCUAGCCCGUUUCUCUCAACAACAGAGCUCUCUUUCACCGAUACAUCACAAAGUGGUGCUCAUGCGUCGCCACAACUUGAUACAACCUUCUUACCCUCUGUUCAAAUUGGAAAGAUCUCUGGAUCGUUAAGUUCUAUCCAUCCAACAACUGAACUCUUAUCUUCAAGUGCAUCUUCUGAGGAAGUAAUUAUUCGCUUUUUUGAUGAUGAUCUAUAUUCCAAAUCAACACAUCCUUCAUCUGACAGGCCAGAUAUUACCUCAAACAGG